CCGGUUUCUAUCUGCCGCGGGCAGACACUCCCAAGUGUUCGUGCGGUGUGGAUCUCUGCGUCUGUUGUCGUUCGCUCCAGCUGCAAUUGCCGGGAAAUGUCGGACUGUCACCACCAAUGCCCAAGUGUUGGUCAUCCGACACCUCUGGCAGCGAUGAGAGGCCCUCACGAGAAGAUCCUUUACAUCCCUUGCAUCGUUCCUUCUAAGGACCUGCCGGACUAUUUGGCUACCAUCUGUGUGGAUCCCGAGUCUGAUGACUAUGGCAAGGUUGUUCAUCGAUUGCGGAUGCCAAACAAGGGUGAUGAGCUCCAUCACAUGAACUGGAACGUGUGCAGCAGCUGUUAUGGCACUCGUGGGAAGUCAAGGGACAAACUUAUCUUGCCUUCCCUAAACAGUGACAGGAUUUAUGUCGUGGACGUCAGUGCAGAUGCCUUUGCGCCCAGGUUGUUCAAGACUCUUCUAACGUCCGCCGAAGGUCAAGCUGUCUCCUGGAUACGCACAGUUAUGUGUUUAACGGAUCCUGAAAAAUGUAGCGCAAUAAGAAUAUUAAUAAGCACGACGCUUUCAAAUCACCGAUGGAAAACGGAGUUCUGCGCCAUCUACCGAGCCAGUUG